CGCAUUAUACGGUGAGCCAAAAAUGAAAUUUUCGCUCUUACUUAGAUACCUUCUUUUGUCGGCUUCUUCUACGCCAUGAAAGAUUUAUUAAAAUAGUAUCAAUUAGACAAUAGCGAUUAGUACUUUUUAAUUAGUGACGUUUUAAAUAUUUAUUAUUAUUAUUCUUCUGAAAGAAAUUCUGGAUGGGUUUUUAUUAUAUAUAUUGGGUCAAUAUUAUUAUCUAGUCUGUAUAAUACCAUAUCGUCAUUUUCGUUUCUCUCUAACUUCUGCAGCUGUUGCGCCUAUUACGAAGGAAAUCCUCGCUAUGAAGCCCUUUGCUGUUCUCUGGGAUGUAUUUAGGCUUCCGAAGAUCCUAAUCCAGGAAGGAGGCCUUGUUGAGAGGCAGCGUAUUCUUAUGGGUAAAGCUGAUUACAUAAGAGCCAGGAUAGAAGAUUUUGAAUCUUGCGUUUCUAUUGAACAAAGUAGGAAGAGAAAGAGGGACGAUGACCUCUUUUCCCGGUUAGCCAAGGGUCGAGCAUUUUCACAUCAAGCGAAAAGCUUGCUAGGACAAGUUAGUGAAGCUUGUUCAGAGAAGAAAAGAAGAGUUGAAGGAGGUAGCAUCUUCUCCUCCCUAACAUGGGCAAAGCGGGUACUAAUUCACAAGUUGAUUAACACAUUGUCAGCUUAUGAAAAAGAGGCUGAUAUGCUUCUGAGAUGCACUUUGUCUGACAAACAAGGCUCAGAUCAUGGUAAUCUUAUGCCAGUCAGAAAUAUUUUUGGCCAACAAGCUUCAGAUGUUUUGGACCAAGUUCAGGCCCUUUUAAGAGGUGAUGAGAUUGGAAGGAUUUCUAUUUAUGGAAUUGAAGGAAUUGGUAAGACCUUUCUGAUGAAGCACCUGCAUAACUCUGUGCUAAAAUGGGUCGAGCCUGAGAAGUUUGAUUUUGUCUUCUGGGUUACUACUCCCCGUCAGUUCAGCAUUGAGCGUGUGCAAGAUGCUGUCGCUGCUGCAGUGAAGUGUGAUCUCAGCAGUGAUGAUGACUUGUCUGUAAGGGCUAGAAUACUGUCAAAUAAGCUUGCACAGCUUGGCAGUUUUGUGAUUUUCCUAGAUAAUGUACCAGAAUCCCGUAUUUCUGAUCUUGACCAGAUAGGAAUUUCAGUCCCUGCAGAAGGGAGUAAGAGCAAAGUAGUUAUAACUACUACGUCCAAUUAUGCUUCUGAAAUGUUGGAUAGUUUCAGAACUGUGAAACUUGGCCGUCUCUCGGAUGAAGAAGCAUGUGAGUUGCUGAAAAAUGAAGCGAGCAUCAGCACGAGAAUGAGAAGUGAUUCUUCGCUUAAUAGCGUUACUAGCUUACUUGCAAAGAAGUGUCAUGGUGUGCCGCGCAUGGUUGUAGACGUAGCUACUCGUAUGCGUGGCAUUGAUGACCCGUGUGAAUGGAGAAAUGCAUUAUUUGAGCUUAGGGGAACUCCCUUUUCAGGUGAUAACGCUAGAACUUGAUACAUAACACUGUAAAUUGAAGAUGUAAGUUGUUACAGUACAAAUUUACAGUCUUUCCUGUAUAAUUACCAUCCAAUGAGACCAUUUUGCAGGCAAAAUAUUAAUGAGAAAAUGAAUUGCGGAUUAGUUAUAA